UGGAGCCUGAGCCACGUUCUCUAGGGCUGGGCAGACAGUGAAGCACAGCACUCAGAGAGAGACUUUGUGCCCGGCCCCUGCCCGCACCAGCAUGAGUGAGCGGAUGAACAUCCAGGCCCCUGCCAGCAUCAGCAUGAGUGAGUGGAUGAACAGCCCGGCCCCUGCCAGCACAAGCAUGAGUGAGCGGAUGAACAGCCAGGCCCCUGCCAGCAUCAGCAUGAGUGAGCGCAUGAACACCACAGAAAUCUUCGACGGCAUCCGCUUCCCAGGGUUCAUGCAUACCCCAGAGUCCCUGAAAGCGGCUUGCUCUUUCCAGUUCCAGGACACAGACGUCCUCUUGGUGACAUUCCCAAAGUCAGGCACCACAUGGAUGCAGCAGGUCCUGAGCCUCAUCUUCUGUGAGGGCGACUUGUGGCCGAUUCACCACCUCCCCAACUGGGCCCGCAUGCCCUGGAUAGAACAAGCCUCCUUCAGCAGCCUCCUUCCCAAGCUUAACACUUCCUGGCCUAGGCUGCUCACCUCCCACCUGAACGCCAGCGGCCUGGCCCCAGCUCUGAGGAAGUCCAAGGCCAAGGUGGUGUACAUGGCUCGGCACCCCAAGGACGUUCUGGUUUCCUUCUACCACUUCCACCGAAUAGCCGGCUUCCUGCCCACCCCCGGCUCCUUUGAAGACUUUGUGGAUGAGUUUCUCGAGGGCACAGGCUUCUUCGGCUCCUGGUUUGACCAUGUGAAGGGCUGGCUGGGCCUCCAGAAGGACCUCAAUUUGCUUUUUGUUACCUACGAGGAGCUGCACCAGGAACCUCGCCGUACCAUCCGGAAGUUAAGUGAUUUCCUGGGGCGCCCGCUGGGGCGCAGAGAGGAGGACCUCACACUGGAACACUGCAGCUUCUCCUUCAUGAGGCAGAGCAGCAUGGUCAACUACAGCCUUCUGCCCAAGGAGAUCAUAGACCAGAGCCAGGGCGAGUUCCUGAGGAAAGGUGUUGUGGGGAACUGGAGGGAGCACUUUACUCCUGAGCUGGCUGAAAAGUUCAAUGCUGUCUACCGGUCUGAGAUGGGUGACUCUGGCCUCUGCCUGCCCUGGACCAUGGACUGACCCUUCUGACCCAUUCAGCCUAUUUGCACAGACCUGUCCUCCUGUCCUCCUGUGCUAUGUGCUGGUCAAGCAAUAAAAGCCCUGGU